GUCACACGACUUGUGAUCGCCACAAACUUUCAACCUGCUGAGCUGACACGCAAGGAGCGACGAGGGUCACUUCUCCUAUGCAAAUUAGAGUGAAACUCAACUUCUACUCUCGCAGCGACAAAGUUUGAAAACACGAGCUCUGUGUCACGAAGUCCAGACAAGCAUGGAGUCCGGAUUACUUGCGUUGUUUUGGUGCUGCUGGUUUUUGCUGUUUACAACUGGAGAUACUGGUACGACGUCCAGUUCAGCUUCUUCACUGAGUCUUUCCGCCCCUCACUUUUACUGGACCUGUCCAGAAGGCGCAACCUUCAAACCAGUCUGUGCCGAGACCGGGGCCCCAUCGGGCUCCUCUGACAUCUUAAAACACGCCUGGCUUUUCACACCGCAUAGCGACCAACACUGCAUGCCGGUGGGCCCGCGUCAUAUGACAUACGGUCAUUCGCACGGGAACCACAGCUUUCCCCCAGGGGUCAGAUUUGGAUAUUCGCACAACAACUUCUGGAUGGUUAUGCAGAACGUGACAAUUGCCGACCAGGGGCGAUACUGCUGUAUCGUCCGUGACUUCCACAAGGACCAUCAGCACACGAGCCUUGCGCAAAGUUCCCACAGUCACGUUAUACUCCACGUUACACCACGAAGGAACUGGUCUCAAGAAUGUUCAUUUACCGAGUCUUCGCUACCUGGAGGGGCUGUGCCAGUGGCUUUAGCCAUAGCAGCCUGCAUCCUGGCUCUACUUUCGCUGCCUGUUAUCUUGCUACUUGUCUACAGACAGAGGCAGAGCAGCCAUUCCAACAGACGUGCACAAGAGCUGGUGAGGAUGGACAGUGAAGCUCAGGGCCAUGAGAACCCAGUGUUUCAAAAGGAAUCACCACGAGUGAAGACCCGCACCGUUGCUCAGAUUAUGACAAGGCAGUCCUCGGGGACAGGCCAUCAUCUGUUAUCCGAGCCGGGAACCCCUAUGACUCCUUCGGCUCAAGGGGAUGUUUUCUUUCCGUUAGAAGAUACCAUCCCCGAGUCUCCAGACACCCUCCUGUUUUAAAGAGUGACGAGACUCCCUCCUUGCUCUAACUGCUGACCCGGAAAGAGCUUUGCAGACAUUUUCGUUUUCUCCUCUGCUUACGGAGCAACGUUUCCCUUCGGUCUGUCUCACAAUUACCUCUACUGGGAAUAUCGUCCGUGCACUGUUUGGUCUGCUGGAGGUAACAGACUGAUUGUGUUUGUCCAUCCUGCACCUGCCAAAACUGGGAAGCAAGCUGUGAUUGUGAACUCUGGGUGUUGCGGCAGGGAUGAGGGCACAACCCAUCUAAACAUCGACUAUGGCUAUGGGAGGACUCCACUGUUUGACACUGUGGAGUGUUUUAGAGCGGGUUUUAUGGAGGACCAAAUGAGACAGAAUGAAAUAUAUAAAUACCAAGAUACGGUACACACAAGUCACGGUUCGGUACAACGUGAAAAACAAACAUGCUUUUUAUUGCAGCAUUUGAACAUUAAAGUUUGUUCUAUUGGCUUAAACUAAAAAGCAGCUCUUAUUAAAGUGCAAAAUAAAUAAAAGAAAACAUCAAAACUGUCCAUUUUGUGUUUUUAUUGUUCUAACAAAUGCAAAAAUAGACAAUACUCCCUUUUUCGUAGGGAUCGACUGAGGUACAGUGGUAUGAAAAAGUAUCAGAACCUUUAGGAAUUUCUCACAUUUCUGCAUAAAAUCACCAUCAAAUUUGAUCUGAUCUUUGUCAAAAUCACACAGAUGUAAAAACGGUCUGCUUUAACAAAAAUCACCCAAACAUUUAUAGGUUUUCAUAUUUUAAUGAGGAUAGCCUGCAAACAAUGACAGAAGAGGAAGGAAAUAAAUAAGUGAACACUUUGCCUAAGGAGACUUCAAGAGCAAUUGAAACCAAUUUUUACUAAACAUUUUAAGUCAGGUGUGUGCUCAAUCACUGAUGAGUAGUUUAAAGUUGCCCUGCCCACUAUAAAACACACACCUGGUAAGAAUUGCCUUGAUGAGAAGCAUUGUCUGAUGUACAUAAUGGCUCGGUCAAAAGAUGCGGUCUAAAGACCUGCGAACAAGGAUUGUUGAUUUGGAUGAAGCUGGGAAAGAAUACAAAACCAUCUCUAAAUGUCUGGAUGUUCAUCAAUCGACAGUCAUAGAAGUUGUCUACAAACGGAGAGAGUUCGGCACUACCGCUUCUCUCCCGAGGAGUGGCCGUUCACCAAAGAUGACGCCAAGAGUUCAGCGCAGAAUACUCAGGGAAGUAAAAACAGAACCCUAGAGUGUCUGCUAAAGACUUACAGAAAUCACUGGCACAGUUCAAUAUCUCUGGCCAAGAAUGGUGUUCAUGGCAGGACUCCACGGAGGAAGCCACUGCUGUCCAAAAAAACACAUAAUUACUUGUUUAAUUGUUCGCAAUUGUAGACUGAUAAAACCAAAGUUGAAUUGUUUGGGAGUAACACACAAUGUUCAUGUGUUUAGGAAAAAUGGACCAGCUCACCAACAACACCACAUCAUCCCCACCGUGAAUCAUGGUGGAGGGACCAUCAUGAUUUGUGGUUGUUUUGCUACCUCAGGGCCUGGACAACUUGCAAUCAAUAAUGGAAGCGUUAAUUCAAAUGUAUAUUCAGCAUGUUUUGCAGGAAAACCUGAGGCCAACUAGCCAAGCUAAAAAGAGGUUGGAUGCCGCAACAAGACAAUGAUCCAAAACACAGAAGUAAAUCAACUUGAGAAUGGUUUCAGAAGAACAAAAUACACAUUCUGGAGUGGCCAAGUCAAAGUCCAGACUUGAACCCCAUUGAGAUGCUGUGGUAUGACCUAAAGACAGCGAUUCAUGCCAGACAUCCCAUCCCAAUCACACUGAACUACAGCAAUUUUGUAGAGAAGAAUGGGCCAAGAUUAGUCCUGAUCGAUGUGUCAGACUGAUCUGCAGUUACAGGAAGCGUCUGGUUGAAGUUAUUGCUGCCAAAGGGGGUGGAGGCACAAAAUAUUCAAUAUGAUGGUUCACUUACUUAUUUUUCCCCAUUCUAUCAUUGAUUGAAUACUAUCCUCAUUAAAAUAUGAAAACCUAUAAAUGUUUGGGUGCUUUUAGUUGAAGCAGACACUGUUUUUUCAUCUGUGGAAUUUUGACAAAGAUCACAUCACAUUUGAUGGAGAUUUUAAGCAGAAAUGUGAGAAAUUCCAAAAGGUUCCGAUACUUUUUCAUACCACUGUACAUAGGUUACGAAACUGUUUCCAGAACCAAUUUAGGUACCACUGUAUGUAUAUAUUUCAUUCAGUUCCACUUGGUUCUCCAUAUAACAGAAAGUAAUCAAAAUUGACUUACUUGUUAGGCUUGAUUUUCAUCAGUCAAAGUAGUCAACCAUUGGAUAUGAUCAUAAGUUCUCAAAAUUCUUGUGUCUUAAAGCUUUUUAUACAUUUUAUUUUUGAAGAUCAUUGUCAUGUAUAUUUUGUUGACUUCCAGAAUCUUUACAAGAAUAAUAUAAAACAUUUAAUCACUGCUGUCUGUACAGUAUAUUUGGUGGUGGAUUUUUUUUUUCAUGCUGGAAUUGGGUUGUUUUAGGGGGGAAAAAGCGUGACUCCAUCGGGCCUGUACUUGGAUGGGAGUUUGUAUGGAUGAAAGCGGAGGGAAAAUGUAGCUAUUGUGUGUAAGAAUUUUCAAUCUAUACAGGUAGUCCCCGGGUUACGACGUACCCGAUUUAUCGUAUUGGCCCAAAUACAAGACGGUGUUUUUUGCAUUGAAAUAAGAUUGAAAAAGAGGGGGUCGUUUUAUAUUCGCGUUCUAGACAUGAUACCCAUUCACGACGCUAGAUGGCGCCAGAUAUCAUUGAAGCUAUGUUCUGUCAUGACAGAUCUCAGCUACUCUCAAGUUUAAUCAGUUUGCAUUAUUUUAUUGCAAUGUUUUCCCUUAUUCAGAUUUGUUUCAAGACUACAGUUGCAGUUAGACUUCACUUUGAUGGUUAAUGCAGUUAUUACAAUUUUGUUGUUCUAUCACAAUAGAUUGGAUUAUUUACAUUUCAAAAACCAGAAGCCAUUCAUUUAUGAAUGUGAUCGCACUUUAGUUUACACAUUUAAAUGUUCAGAUAUUAAGUAGGGCUAUCAAACGAUUAAAAUUUUUAAUCGAGUUAAUUACAGCUUAAAAAUUAAUUAAUCGUAAUUAAUCACAAUUCAAACCAUCUAUAAAAUAUGUCAUAUUUUUGUGUAAAUUAUUGUUGGAAUGGAAAGAUAAGACAAGAUGGAUAUAUACAUUCAACAUACGGUAUACAUAAGUACUGUAUUUGUUUAUUAUAACAAUAAAUCAACAAGAUGGCAAUAACAUUAUUAACAUUCUGUUAAAGCAAUCCAUGGAUAGAAAGACUUGUAGCUCUUAAAAGAUAAAUGUUAGUACAAGUUAUAGAAAUUUUAUAUUAAAAACUCUCUUAUUGUUUUCGUUUUAAUAAAAUUUGUAAAAUUUUCAAUCAAAAAAACUAGUAGCCCGCCAUUGUUGAUGUCAAUAAUUACACAAUGCUCAUGGGUGCUGAAGCACAUAAAAUCAGUCGCACCCAAGCGCCAGCAGAGGGCGACAAAACUCCAAAAAAACACAAGUAACAGGUGGACAUUGCACUAUACUGUCAUUUUAAUCUGCUUGAGAGGGGCAUGUGCGUUAAUUGCGUCAAAUAUUUGAACGUGAUUAAUUAAAAAAAUUAAUUACCGCCCGUUAACGCGAUAAUUUUGACAGCCCUAGUUAAAACACAUUCAUUGGCUUGAUCGCUGAUUAAUUUAAAACUCGCCAUUGACACCUUUGUGGUGUAUUUAAAUCACUACCUUAUAUAUUUAAAGAGUGACACUGUGGAAGUAUGGCAGUACAGGAAGUAUGACAUCACCGCCCGUCAACAAAAACGGCGAGCUACUAGGUAAUUUUUUCGAUCUAAUGCUAAUACGUCGUAAAGCUAUUAUGUAGCUGGGAGCUAGGACAGUGUUGGUAGCCUAUAAAUCAUUAUAUUGAUAAUGAUUUGAUGCAGAUGAGCCAAAAUAUGAUAUCCUUUUUCUUAUUUUUGAAAUCCGAUUCUAAAAAACAAGUUGCUUUCAAUAUUGUGGAUUUAAACAGGCGAAGCGCUACGUAAGUGGCAGUUUAUGUUAUGGUUUGUGGUAAGCUCAGUAUAUUAUUUUACUUUUGUUUUAAUAAUAUGACAUAUAAUACAUGUUUUUGGAUAGUUAUUUUGAGAUUUAAGGGGUAUUUAGGGGUACUCAAAGGGUUAAUUCUGAUUUACGCGGAAAUUUGGGUUACGUUGCCAGCGUAGAACCUGUUUGUAACCCGGGGACUACCUGUUAUUUGCUUCAGGUUUCGAGAACAGAGUAUUAUGUAUAUACUGUAAGUUUUAUUUUCUUAAAUAUUCAUAUGGCCAAAGAUUUUAUGCAAACUUGCCUCGGUGUGAUUUGCAAACACAAUGUUCUGUAUAUUAACGUCAAAUCCUCAGAUUGAUGCAUAAAUAAUAAAAAUAUUAAAGACUUUCUGCGCCCUUUAUAUGAUUUAUGUCAGAUUAGAAAGAAUGCGGCACAGUAAUUGCUGAUGUGACAUAAACUUUCAGACUUUUGUCAAACAAAACACACACACACAAAAAGCUAAAAGCUCAAUGUUGAACAAAGUUGGAGAACAACAUUUUUCUUCCCCAUUUUGCAACUUGUGGCUUUCUUUGCGAAGGUGUUUCCUGUGCUGUCAACAACUUCUCAUUUUAUUCUACUGUGAAGUAAGCAUAUAAUAUUCGAAAUGCAAAUUUAUGCUGCUUUCGUACUUGUCAAUACAGGGAAUUACAAUUUGAAGGCCUGAAGGACAACUAAAGUGGAGGUGAAAUGUAUUAAUUCUUUCACUGCCAUUGAGAAUGAUUGUGUGGUUCUUUUCAUCUGCUGUGAAUUUGAAUUGGUUUUCCACUUGAAGAUGUCCUAUCCAAUAAAGAAUGAUAUUAACCCUUGACAGUCGAAGGACGCGCCGGUGCGUCCUCAGCGCACGUCGUCUUUGAAGCGCCCGCACGUUUUAAAUACGUCACCCACAUGCCGUUGGUUGGUCUUGUUUUAAAGUGCGGAAGUUGCGGUUUACUCUCGUUAUUAUUUGAAGUCAAUCGACCAAUUAAAACGUGAGAUAUUGUCAUUUAAGUUUUAUAGUUUUAUGGUCCUCUCAAAAAAACAUUAAAACGCUGCAUGGAUCAUUUGUUUGUGUCUAUAUUUCCAUCAUUUCUUGUCCUUUUUCAAAACGGAAGCUCCAUGAAAAAACCACAAAUCAAACGAACCCUUUCGAAGUCACAGUGGAAGCACAAAAUGCGUUUUUUAAAUAAAUAUAACUGCCAUGCGAGGUUCCACCGAACGAGAGGGAGGAGUGUUCUGAAGCAGCGAGGUGGCGAGCCGACGGCCGUUUGGAUCGAGCAGCGACUUUGUGUGACUUUGAGAAUGAACGGAAAACUAAAUUUAGCGCAAGCAAUUGUGCUAUUUGAUCAACUUGAGGAAGAGGAUGGUCCAAAUUCGUCAUCAUCGUCUUCUUCGGAAGAGUCCUCGAGUGAAGAUAGUGACGGAUUUGAACACGUGGGUGACGCCAUCGACGAGCAGAGGUAAGCAAACUCACUUUUUUUUUUUUAGGCUGGAAAAAGUUUCUUUUGAAAGUUUCUUUUGAUAUUGCAUGACAAAGUUAAUUUUGAUGCAAUAUAAGUGUGUGUUUGUGUAUAUAAUAAUAAAAUGUGCAUAUCAGAUCAAAGUCGUACGUGAACUGUGUGUAUCCAAGGCAGGAAUUUAUAAUUGUGGUGAUCUUUCUAUAUGAAGAUUA